CGGAAGUACAUUGAGUGUACCGGCGUCUGCAGAGCACACGCACACACACAGAGACGGAGCCGUGCGUUCGAUUCCCAGCAGCGGGUUUGAAACAAGAACCGAACAUGUUGUCGGUGCUGUCGGUGGCUCUGGCGCUGGCCCUGGUCCCCGGUCCCGGUGAGGCCCUGAGGGACGGGGAGUGUGACGUUUGUAUGACUUUCCUCGGGAAGUUCUACCAGUCGCUAGAGGACAACAACGUAAACUUCAAUAGUGCGGAUAUAGAGAAGGCCAUCGUAAAGACCUGCAAAGAUGCUAAAGGCAAAGAAAACCGCUUUUGUUACUACAUCGGGGCGACGAGUGACGCCGCCACCAAGAUCAUCAACGAGGUGUCCAAGCCCCUCAGCUACCACGUCCCGGUGGAGAAGAUCUGUGAGAAACUCAAGAAGAAGGACAGUCAGAUCUGUGAACUGAAAUACGACAAACAGCUGGACCUCACCACGGUGGACCUGAAGAAGCUGAAGGUGAAGGACCUGAAGAAGAUCCUGGAGGAGUGGGGCGAGUCCUGCAAGGGCUGCGCCGAAAAGUCCGACUUCAUCCGCAAAAUCACAGAGCUCAUGCCCAAGUACGCCCCCGCAGCCGCCAAAGCACGGACAGAUCUGUGACGAGGGACCAAAAUCACAACCACACAACUUUGGACUUGAAUUGGACCAGACCGCUAUCGAGGAAGAGGAGGACCAGGAGAGGAAGAGGAAGAGUUUGUCUCAGUGUGGUUUUUUUUUUUUUUUUGGGAGGUGUUGCGCUCAUCUGGUAAUCCUACACUGCCUCAGGAGAAUAGAUAUCGGUGUAAGUCCUUUAUUAUACUUCUAAAUCAAAUCAAGUGUCAAGAAUGAACUCAUUAAAGGGGAAAUACGAGCA